AUGUCGGCGGCAGCGACCGCGGCGUGGGUCGGCGGCUGUGUCCUGAGCGGAACGGCGGGCGUUCCAUCUGUGGUUGGCGCGACCAAGACGUGGUACCGCAAGAUUCCGCUGCCGACAUGGACGCCACCCGACCGCGUGUUUGCGCCGGUCUGGACGUCGCUCUAUGCGAUGAUGGGGCUCGCGACCGCGCGUGUGGCGGCGGCGUCGGGCGUGUCGUCCCCCGUCGUGCACUUCCUCGCUCACCUGUGCGUCAACCUGCUGUGGGCGCCAAUCUUCUUUGGUCUCCAGCGGCUGAGGCUCGCCCUGCUGAUGAACGUCGCGCUGAUCGCCUCCCUCUCCGUCCUCCUCGGGCAGUAUGGCAUCGCGGCGGCGUCGCCGAGCGCGCUCCUCCUCUGCCCUUACAUGGGCUGGCUGCUAUUCGCGACCGCCCUCAACUUCGCAAUCUGCCGCCUCAACCCGACGGCCCGCGGCUACAACAACGCGCGCUGGCAAGCGGACCUCGCGAAGCUGCAGAAGCGCGCCGCGUCCAUCGCCGCCGCUUAA